AUGGAAUCAAAAGCGUCGAAAAACCAAUCGAAAGGUACCAAACCACCGUCGACGGAAUCUGUCGUUGUCUUGCAGCAAGUUCCUAUCAAGCCCCUAACCAAACCACUAACCUACCCGUCCAUGGUCUCGGUUGUAGAGUUCAUCAGCUUUGGUAGACGAAAACAACUAUACGCCAAGUGUCCAACAAUUCGAAAACUCGAAGAAAGACUACCCUAUCAUCUUGAACGCAUGGAAAUCCAAACAAUAGGCCCUGGCUACAUCAUUUUGCGCUUUGAAAAUGUUUCAAUUGGUUAUUUUGGUUCGAAUAACGAAAGUGAUGGCAAGAUAGCAAUGUGGUGCUCCGGAAAACGGGUGAAACGAUCAACAGGACUGUCUUUGUAUGAGGCGACUGAAAAGUUUGCAUUGUAUAAUUUGAGCAGACCGGGGACAACAAUAAAGACACUUGAGACAAAAUUCACCCCGAAAUGUAUUUUGAACUGUAUCCCCUUGACAAUCGAAAAUUAUGUAGUGGACUGUAACGAAUGGGACGAAUGGAUCAUCCGUACAACCAGACCAGUUAAAACUCUGCAGACUGAUUUUAUAAUCAGACAUGACACGAUCAAGUACGCAAAACACGUGACAGUGACUCGACCAGCGCAUCUUCCGAUCAGAAUCCACACAGACAUAUUGUCGGAAUGGAAUUGUGAAUCUAUUACAAUUGAGAGGAAACUGACUCAUAUGGAGGUAUUGGAUUACUGUAGAAGAGUGUCAAAAAGAACCGAUCGACUGAUUGGAAGCGUUUUCAAGUCAAAGUUGGGUGGAUACUCAACAGAGUUGUUCGAAAUGCUUUCUCGGGAACUAAAUGCAAGAAAGAUAACGUUGAAAAUCUUUGGUGGCGGUCUGCUACAGUUUGCAACUAUCCACAUUAACGAAUCGACCGAGUUGGUUAUUUCAUAA